AUGAUUCCAGAAGAAUUACAAAAGAUUCAAACAAUUAAUGAAGUGAAUAUACCAAUAUUCAAUAUUACAAUUCAUGGAAUUAAUGAUCAUGUGAAUGUACAAAAAUUAAUUACAUUCUUAUUACCAGAAUAUGAAACAAAGAAUAUUGUUGCCAAGGUAUUAAAUAAAGGCUAUUCAAAUCAAUUAAUCUUAAUUGACCAUAAGAAACAAUAUUCAGCUUCAUUAUCUUCAAUACCAUCAUUAAUUAUACGUAUUUAUGGUAAUUUAACAACAUCAUUAAUAGAUAGAACAAAUGAAAUGAAAUAUAUGAAAGUAGUUGGAAAAUUCAAAGAUUUUCAACAAUUAUAUGGAAUAUUUAAUAAUGGAUUUGUAUAUUCAUACAUUGAUGGUUGUGAUAUUUCAUUGGAAAAAUUAUAUGAUAUAAAAUAUGGCAAAUUAAUUGCAGAGAAAUUGGCUCAAUUACAUUGUUUAUCGAUUGAUGAAUUUAUACAACAACAAAAUAAGAAAAUCAAUCCAGAAUCCCAAUUAUUUCCAACCCUAUUUAAAUGGAUCAAUCGACUUGAUGAUGAAUUUAUUAAUUUAUCAAGAAAAUUAAAAAAAUAUGAAUCAAUUUUUCCAAGUAAAUCUUAUAUAUUCAAUGAAGUGAUCAAAUUGAAAGAUCAAUAUCUUAACAGUCCUAUAUCUAAAGUAGUUUUAUGCCAUAAUGAUCUGAAUGCAGCUAACAUUAUACUGGCUCCAGAUGAAAAUUCUGUUCACCUGAUUGACAUGGAAUAUUGUGACUUAAACUAUGCUGCAUACGAUAUUGGUAAUCAUUUUUGUGAAUUUACUGGACCAUAUGCAAUAGAGUUUAAACGUUAUCCUUCAAUUGAAUAUCAAAAACAAUGGAUAAACAUCUAUUUAACAGCCUAUUAUCAAUAUUCUAAUUCAAAAUCAGAUCUUCAUUAUAAUGAAUUACAAUGGAAUAGAUCUAAAGAAGAUUAUAUAAAUCAAUGGAUUAAAGAGAUUAAUUGUUUUGCAUUAGUAUCUCAUUUACUUUGGGCUGUUUGGGCAGUAAUUUGUGCAUCGGAAAACUUAUAUUCUAUGGAUUUUCUAGCGUAUGCUGAUUCAAGAAUGAAACAAUAUUAUCAUAUGA